AUGGGCGCUGUUAAAAAUGCUUCUGGUCUACUUGUAUGUCGCUUUUUGUUGGGUACGUUUGAAGCUGGUUUAUUUCCUGGAAUUAUUUAUUUUACAUCUCUAUGGUAUCCAAGAAAGCAACAAGCUAUUCGGCUUGGUUUAUUUUGGUCAUUUUCGGCACUUUCAGGUGCGUUUUCUGGUGUUGUUGCUUAUGGUAUCAGUCAAAUAAAUUCAGUAAAAUUAGCUAAAUGGCGAUUAAUCUUUAUUUUGGAAGGAGCUCCGACCUUUGUUUUAGCUUUGUGUUGUUGGUUUUUAUUACCGGAUUCGCCAGAAGCAGCAAAAUUUUUGAAUGAUGAAGAACGUCAACUUGAAAUUGAUCGUCUUGCUAAAGAUGCCGGUCCAACAAAAGAACGUAAAUUUUCAUGGUCUCAAGUUUUAUCUGUAUUUACUGAUUGGAAGACUUAUAUUUAUGCUAUCAUUUAUAUUACCGGAACAAUUGCUACACAAGGUAUAACUCUUUCUUUACCAGUGAUUAUUAAUAAUUUAGGAGAAUGGACAUCUCUUCAAGCACAAUUGAUGACUAUUCCAUCAUAUAUGGCAGCAUUUUUUGCUAUUCUCAUUGUUUCUUGUAGUUCUGAUUAUUUUAUGGAACGUUCUCUUCAUUGUUCUAUUACAAAUCUCUUAUCGAUAUGUGGUUUUCUAAUGCUUAUGUUAAUUGAUCACAAAAGAGUCGGUGCACUUUAUGUAGGCAUUAUAUUUGCUGCAAUCGGCACUUAUGCCAAUGUCAGUGUUAAGAUCGCUUGGUUCAAUAAUAAUUUUGCUUCACUUACUCGACGUGCUAUCGCAGCUGCAGUAAUCGUCUCGAUUGGUACGAGUGGUGGAGCUAUAGCAGGUCAAAUAUAUCGAGCUAACCAAAGACCACGAUAUUUUAUUGGUCAUACAAUUUCAUUCUGUUGUGUUGUAGUGCAAACAACAUUGGUACUUAUACUUCGAUUUAUAUUAAUGAUAAUUAAUUGCCGUCGAAAACGAAUGAAUGAUGAACAAAUUAAACAACAAGUAGAAAAUUAUGGAGGAGAGGAAUUUGUCGGUGAUCAUCAUCCUAAGUUUCGAUAUACGUUGUAA